AUGAAUGCGCCACCGACCGAGGAGCCUCCUCCACCAGAGCGUGAGAGGGAGACUCGAGCAGACGAGCAUGAGAGGGAGAUUGAACAGCAUGAGGCGUAUGAAUACUGGGGAUAUCUGUUCAAACCGGACAAGACGGGAACGGAUAAGCUGAAGAGCUUGUUGCGUGGGUUGAAGGAUGUUAUGAAUGAGCGGUAUGAACCAUCCGACCAACCCGAUCUCACGCCCAACCAACUGGCGCAUUUCUACCGUGACUUGCAUGGCAACUACGAUCAGCUGUUCCUGGGCACGCCAAAUGAGAGUAUUGCAUUCAUUUACAAGAGCUUGGGAUGUCUGCACAGUCUACAGCCACCGGCAUACACACAUGCGACGGCUUUUACGGAUCCGACAGUUCCUGCGCUCAAAACGGAAGGAUGGAUCAUGUGGCAGACCAUCCAAGUCCUGCUGGGACCUGAAGAACAUUCGAGUUUCCUGAGAGAGGCCGUGCAGAUGUACGAUGUCAGGGAUCACGAUACUGGCGAGAUCUUUCCCAAGAUCCUGCCGAGGGAAUGUUUCCCGCGCGAGCCGGAUAAGCAUAUGGUUGCCUGGUAUGAGGGGGUGUCGGAACGUUUGAGGAAGGAGGCGGAUGAGGAGGAGAGGCAUAGGCAGGUUGAGGUGGAGCAUGCGCCUGAGGUGAGGAGGAUCCAUGCGAGGGAGCAUGGCCCAAGACGGGAGGAGGGCGUUAUGAGUGACGAGGAGGGAUCAGUCGACUCGAGAGGUCCUGCGUUGGCAUACUUCCGCAAUCCACUCUACCGCCAUGUUGAUGGCAGGCCCAGCAUUGUGCGAAGGAACUCGAAGCGACCAGCCCUCAGUCCGCGGCAGACGAUGAUGGACAAGGGUAAAGAGGCUGCCAAUGCUUUUGGUCGCAUUGCAAAAAACGUGGGAAGUCCACAUCUAUGGGACGGACGUGGAAGUAGUAGGAGCCGCGAUCGUGACCAUCGAAGGAAGAGCCACCCAGACAAUCACUACCAGUACCCAGAAGAUGCGCCACCCCCUACUUCAGCUGGCGCAUAUGAUGGCCGAAGAGAGCAUUCAGGUCACAGUGGUCAUCGCAGACGGCGUAGUUCGCAGCUCGAAAGACCAGAGCGACCAGUCUCAGCUGCUAUGUCCGCGGAUGACGAGUGGGACCAAAGCGAAGCCAGCCCGGUAUACAGUCCACCACCUCAUCCCACUGGAUCCAAUUCGAGCAGGCAUCGCCAUCACGGCUCUCGACCUGUCUCGCGAGACCAGCCUCUACGACAUUCGAGAAGCCACGAACCGACCCCAAGCCAGGAGCUGGAGGACGAUUACUUUGCGGGUUAUGAUGAUCCCGCGAAGAGGAGGAACUCGGCUCAUGAUAAGCCCUUCACGCCGCCUCCCGCUCCCGCUCCCAACGGCGUGGGAAUGUCGUUCGGUCCGUCUGGCGGGCCACUGUUUGCUUCUCAUGUCGCGAGACAGCCCCAGCCUCCUCCUAUGCAGCGUCUCCCACCACCUGGACCAGGUCCAGAUCCUUAUGAAGGAGGUCCGCCAAUACAGCACCCAUCUAUCCGUCGAGCGCAGGGUGCGGGAAGGUAUCCAAGCCGAAGUCCAGAGCCUGGGGUUGACCCCCGAGAUCCGCGAGAUCCCCGCGACAUGCGAGACCCCCGACACAGCCGCUACGACUCCCCCGGCCGCGACCACCGCCCACGCUACGAACAAAGCCCCGCGCCCUACGACGACCUCCCUCCACCACAAGGCGGGCCCCCUCCUCCCCCAGGCGGAGGAAGCUACCCACCACCCCGCGGCGACCCCCGCGACCGACGACUCGGCAGCGGAAGAAUGAGCGGCAGCGAUCUGGAUCAGUACUAUUCUGCUGGCGAGGAUCGACGGGGUGGGAGGCCGAAGCAGACGCGGUUUGCGGAGAGGCCUGUUAGCGGUGGUGGUGGGGGGCCACCCGAGACGGGGGUUAGUGGGCGGAGGUAUCCGGAGGGGAGUCCUUGGAGGAGGGGGAGUUAA